UUCUUGUCAAACUAUUACUAAGUUUUACAAAGUAGAUCAGAUAGUAUUAUCACAAUGAAAUUUGCAGUAGCUCUGAUUGCAAUUUUGGCUACGGCCAAUGCCUGGACAGUACCUAAUCUUGGUAAAGGUGACCUUUACAAGGAUCUACAAGAGUUCGUAGAUUUGAUCCCCAUCGAAAAAAUCCAGAAGCUUCUUCUGCAAUAUGCCGCCGAAGAUGCUGAAAUACAAAGAGGUUUGACAUAUGUGAAGUCCGAUGAGUUCAAAUCAUUGGUUAAACAAGUUGAUGCCAUGCCUGAUUAUAUCAACCUGUUGAACUAUAUAUAUGGCGCUGGUGUCGAUAUUUACUAUCUUGUAAACCUUCUCCACGAUUAUAUGGAAAUUCCUAAAUUGAUACCACCACAAGGUUUUUCCGAGUACGGUAUUACUGGUGGAUACAAGGGUCUCAUCGAGGAUGCCAAGAAAUUCAUGCCCAAAGACAAAAUUAAGGCUCUUUAUUAUCAAAAACUCCAAACCUCUCCAUCCUUCAAAGAACUCAUCGAUCAUUUCAAAUCUCCCGAAUUCCAAAAACUCGUUCACAACAUAUAUACUAAUCCUCAACUCCAAUACAUAGUGAAAAGGGCCAAGGAAUCUGGUCUUGAUCUCGAAAGCGUAAGAAAAUUCUUCCACGUCAUUCUUGGCAUCGACUUUCCACUCUUCUACUAUUAAAAAUCUAUAUAGAAAAGAUUAAUUUGAUAUUAUAUCUUGUAUCGUUUAAUUUUCUCACGUUAAAAUUUAUUAGAGAAUCUUAACGAUCCAAAAUCGAUACAACCCACCUAAUAGAUCUAAUAAUUCGAUUUGUUACUUAAUAUUCCCCAAGAAACUAAAACCAAUAAAUUAUUCAAUUUUUUAAUAGA